CAGUCAGCCAGCAGUCAAUCAAAUCAAGUCCAACCAACCAAAGCAAAGCAAAAGCACAGUAAUUUGAUUCGUUUCGUUUCGUUUGCGGAGCGGAGUUGUUUGUCCUCAUGUAGUUCGUGAAAGUGCAAGUUGUAAAAAUGAAAUAUUUUCAAGACAUAUUCUUUAUAAUCUAUUUUAAUUAAUCAGUAUAGUGAUAUGCUUGUAAUCCUUUUGAACAAUGGCUAUUUGCGGACUAAGGACUUCGUUAUUGAUAGUAUGCGUUCUUGAUAUGAUCGUUACUAUACAACGUCAGGUUUUCGACUUUUUAGGGUAUAUGUGGCUGCCAAUUAUUGCAAACUUUAUGAACUUGUUGCUCAUCAUAUUUGGAUUAUUUGGGAUUGUUCAAUACAUAACCAAUUACCUUAUAGCUUAUUCAAUCUGGAGUUUUAUGUGGCUAACAUGGAAUGCAUUUCUCAUAUGUUAUUAUUUAAAUUUGGGAUCACUUAACAGGGAAAGUGGCCUCCUAUCCUUGGGGACAGAGAGUGUCAGUUGGUGGGAAACCAAUGGAUGGGGAUGCCAGCCAAUAUGGGGAGAAGAGACUCCAGGCACUUGGAGGCCUGUUAGAGUGGAUGGUUGUUUAUUGCCAUGGUAUCAUGUAGAGCUGGGGCAGUCCAGUGUAGGGGCUAUUUUAGCAGCCGCCACCUUACCAUUAGCAAUAAUUUUGGCUAUUAAAUCAAUAAAAAAAUGUAAACCUAACCAAGAAAAAAGCACUUUACAAAGAAGAACAGUAUAUACUAUGGAAAUGAGUCAAACGGAAACAACAGUAAGUGAAGGUUCAUUAAAACCUAUGACACCGCGCAGAGUGAAACGUAGAUCUGGUUCGCGUGGAGCCGGGUCAUCUGUCCGCAGAUCUCGUCGCUCAUACCGAAACGCGGGGUACUUGGCCUCGGCAUCGUCUUUGCCGCGGGAAUCCCGGAGCUCGCGUCCCACUUCAGCACAUUCCUCAUAUUCUAAUUUCCACGGGGCCCGCCCGGCCUCUUAUCACGCGCCCGAAAGGGAAACGAUGUCUCGGGCUCAAGAUGCGUACGACCCGCCGCAACAGUAUCCCAUUUCGGAAUCAGUUCCUAUUAACACUAACAGAUUUGACACCGUAAGACGUGUCAGCAAAAGCUCAGGGUACGACGUUGCGGGACCAUAUAACGAGCCGACGAGGGGCUAUGAUCCACCACCAAGAAAUUACGAUACGAAUGUAGUGUCUUAUGAUAACAUUGGUCACGGUUACGAGUGCGCAUCGAACUAUGACCCUCGGAUGGAAACAGUGUCCCCGUGUGAGUCUGAGUAUGGCGCGGCGAGCGGGGCGGUGAGCGGGGCGGCGGGCGGCGCGUGGGAGGUGCCGCCGCCCGCGCCGCCCUACAGCGCGCGCGCCACGCCGCAGGCCCCCGGCCCGCCCGCCUACCAGCCCGUCAAUGACCCCUACCACGUCUUGCCUUAGGAUAAGACCCAAUUCAUGAAGCAAAAACAAAGGAGACGCCAUACUGCCACUUCUUCAAUAGAAGUUGUGUGACGAUAUCGGAGCUGAAGCAGCUGAACGGGAAAGUUCUGCCAUGGUUUGGACUAAAAUGAAAUAAAGGAAGGCGUGACCUCUAUGCAGAGGUGACAUAGGACAAACUAGCUAUAAGGCGUAUGCCUUUGGUCCGUGCCUCGAAUUGAAUCUUUAUCUAAGUUUGAUUGACACUAUUUUAUAGAAUUUCAAAUGUAAGUUGUAAAGAAAACUGGAGAGACGGAUGGAAUGUUUAUGCUUACUUGACGCCUUAAACCCACCCUGAUUCAUAUUAAUGUGCCUUAUUCCAGUGAAACUUAGUUGAUAGAAGAUGUAAAGAUGAGUAAAUAAUGAAAUUAAGACAGGAAAGCUCAAAAAUGUAAUGUUAGGUAAUAUUGAAUUUUAUAUUUUUUACUUAACUACGCGUAUUUUAUGUACGUAAUAUUGUCGGAAGCCAAUGCAAUAAAUUUACGAAAUGAAGCUAUCUCGAAGUGUAGCUUGACAAAAAUAUUUUUAUUUUAAAGGUGUAUUGUCAUUCGGUAUUGUACUAAAGAAUCUCUUUAAGUCAUAAUUGUUAUUUAUUUAUGUAUCAAAUACAUUCCCCCUUUUGUAUUGUUAAAGUGUUUCGUAGCUUUAAAGUAAAAUGUAAUUUUAAUAACAUCUAUAAUGUAUAAGGAACUAAUUGACUCCAAUUAAUGACAGGUUGUAGUUACUUAUUUUUUAAGUUUUUGCACUGUUGUUUUGUACUACUUAUUCCGAAUUUUUGUGAUUUUUUAACUAUUUCGUAAAAUUAUUUUAAUAUAAACACGAUACAGUAUGUAUUUACAGUAUUUUCGCAAUUAUAAUAAUAAUAUUUAGGUACCUAUCAUCAUAUAAAUUAAGGCAUUCCGUCCAAUAAGAUUGAUAAGUUUAAUUGAUGUACUUAUUCAAAUAUUUUUCAUUUCUUGAACUUUUAUAUUGUGUCUUAAAUCAUUAUCUUAUUAUAACUACUACAUGAGCUUUAUUAGAUUAAGAAUAGACUAUACUUCUCGAAGGUUAUAUUUGAGUCGAUAUUUUGACAAAUUUUAUACCAAAUAUACCUGCAUACUUACAAAAAUAUUAAA